AUGGCUUUGCCACCAUAUGCUAUGGAUAAUAAAUACGUUUUAAAAGAUGUAUCAAGCGAUGUCAAAUGGCGACAUGGUUUACCAGACUAUUCAAAAACGAUUGCUCUUUUUGAAAAAGAAAGAUCGACUAAUCAUACACCAGAAUCACUGGAAAACAUUGUGGAAAAUAUAGUGAAAAAUUGGGAAAUAGAAGUUAGUCAUAAAUUGGAUCCUCGACAAUGGGAAACAGUCGACGUGGACAACUAUCGUUUCUCAUGUAACGGUCAAUGCAAAUAUACAGCCGAUGAUUUAGUUAAGCUGGGUACUUACAACACACUCAUUGGUAAAACUGCAUACUAUAAUGCUUCGAUGAUGACACUUGCAGAAUCUCAAAUGGCAUUUCUACGAGCUUUUGGAGAAGGCUUCGCCUGGGAGUUAAUUGAACUAUAUUCAGGUCCACCACAUGUUACUUUUAAAUGGCGUCAUUUUGGUCGGAUGACUGGCUACUUUUCAUGUUCAUCUUUUUCAGGUUAUGUCUACAAAGCGGAUUCGACGAAUAAGAUGGUGAAUUUAUAUGGAAUAUGUAAAGCUACAGUGACAUCUGAUCUGAAAAUCCAAGAUUUACAAGCCUUCUUUGAUAUCAAUCAAUUAUUUGCUCAGUUUACAGAAAUGUGUCCAUUCGCUCCAUUUGCUAAUAUACCAAGUUUACUGAGUUCAUCAACAGGAAAAACAAUAAAUGAAUCACAAAUCAACAACACAGGUUUAUCUGUCAAUAAACCAAAUCCAGUUAAGAACCAUGAAAAUUCGCAAGGAAAUCAGCAUUCAGCAAUAUGUACCAUCAUUUGA